AUGACCUACCGGUUCAUUUCCCGGCCCACGCAUUGCCUGGCGGACUGCUCGCGGCGCCAGAAGGCAUUCUCCCGCCGAGACGUGCGCACGGACGCGUACCUCGCGCUGCCCUCACUGGGCCCCACCAUCAGGCACGGGGGCGCACGCGUGUACCUUGUUUGCUGCCCGCGUAUCCCUGGCCAGUGCCCUCCCGGGAAGCUCUGCAAGACGAGUAGUGGCGGUGCACCCCGGUUCGCCGCCGCGGUGGUGGCCACUUGGCCCGCGGUGCGAACGCUGCUCGGUGCAGCGCCCGCCAAGCGGAAGGCGCGGAGGGCGCGGAAGGACGCUCCGAGACGGAUGAUGCAUCUCAGAGGCAUCGGCGGAGGAACCGAGUUGACGUGCGCAUCUUCCCAUCACUGGGGAGGUGUCACGGCGGGGGGUGACGGCGCACCUCGAAACCCGCCCCCGAAGAUGCAUUAUGCAUUUGGGACUCUCAGGCAGCGCACCGGCUGCGGCGGAGUCGACGCUGGUCGGAGGCGCGGAGGAUGUCUCCGGAUGGGGCGUAACGGCGGUUGUUCCGCCGGGCGCUGCGUAGCACGAGGCGUCGUGCCCGGACAAACCCUGGGCCAGGCCGACGUCGCGAAGCGCAUCAGCGUCCCCGACCUCGCUCGCUUGGACGAAGCGCCACCAGGGUUCGCGUCCGGGUGCGUUACUCGGGGCUUCCUCGAGCUCGGGCUCGAGCACUGGGUACAAAAAGACGAUGCCAAGUCGGACGCAGGAGCGCAGAAGGCCGCUCCCGCGACCAUCGUCGGCGCCAUCACUGCACGACAAGAAUCGAUGUCUACUUGCUGGAAGAGCGCCGGACGCAACUCGACAAGCGCGCGAGAGAAGCUGCGACUGUCCGCUCAGGCGAACAGUGGCAGAUGUAAUAUGUACGGAAUGGAGACCGCAGUACAUACGUCGUAA